UCGGUGUUUUCGGGUUGGAACUAGUUGCUAUGUUUCUAUGCUCGAGAGCAACGCGGGUGCUCGGCGCAUGCGCAAAUUCUAAAAUACGAUUUGCACAAGGGUCCAAUAUCAAAGAUGGCGGGAGCCUCCGACCCGCUGGAGGACAUGCUCUUCAAUGAAGUGGACGAAAAGGCGGUCAGCGACUUAGUUGGCUCGCUCGAAUCGCAACUGGGGGAGUCCGAGCCCCCUCCUGCGUCCUAUGCUACCGACCGACACGACGGAGCUCCGGCUGCCGCCACUCACUUCUCAGGGAAAGUGCGCGAGCAAGAGCCGCAACAAGGACACCCGGGGGCGGCUUUAAAGCUCCAGCCCGCCGCCGCUCAGCUUCUCCCCUCUUCCUCUUCUACCUCCGGCGAAGGGAGCGCCGGCCCGGCGGUCGGCGGGGCCGGCCCGCACUCGUUCGGGCCGGUUGCUUCUAGCUCGCCCGCCCCCGUGACGGCAGUCCAAACUUUGAGCGCCCAGCCCGCCGCUGCCGGCGCCGCUAGCUUCCAGUGGGCACCCGAAGCAAGUAGUAGGACGGCGUCGCCCGGCAUGCAAAGUUUGAACGGUACCGCCGGAGUCGUCAAGUUGCUCAACUCUGCACCGGCAGCGGCGACGGCAGCGUCGCCCACGACGGUGACGACGACGACGACCAGCCCCCUUGCGGUCAUGGCCUCCCCGGCCAACUUCCUCCCCGGAACUCAGUCCGCGGGUCCCACGGCUCCCUCCGCCGCCCAGCAUAGACUCCCCAGCGCCGCUCAGAACGGCCUGGAGUCCAAAGGUGGGCCUGUGGGACCUUCUGGGGCCCCCUCACCCUCUCAGCUGGUAAACCACAGUAAGAUGCUGGUGCUAGGUCAGCCAGCUUCCGGGAACAUCCUUGCUGGCACCCCACCACCCCCUGCAGCGGCCCGCUCGCCUGUCACUCAGCCCCUCGGCCCCCCCGCUGUCAAGCCGGCUGUCAACGGGCUGGGCCAGCCUGCGGUGAGAGCGGCUGGCGUUGUCCAGCUUCAGAGACCUGGGCUGCCGACCGGGACUGUCGGGCCGGCGAGCGGGACCAUCCGGCCGACUGCCCCUCAUCCCCCAUUGGCCGUCCGGCCUCAGCAGCAAGCCACCAUCCAGCUUCCCCCGGGGUUCACCAUGCCCGCAGGUAUGGUUCUGGUCCGCAUCGAGACGGGUCAGCUGGUGAUGGUGCCGCAGCAGGUCCUGGCCCAAGCGCAAGCCAAAACGCAGCAGAGUCCCAGCGUGACCGCCGUCCCUCAGAGACCCGCCGCGCCCGCCACCAUGCGAGUCAGCAGUGCCGCUCCAGCUCCUGCUGCGCCUCAGAAUAUCCGUCUGGCAACACCCCCCCACACGAGACUUCUUCAGUCUCCUUCCUCUUCUUCCUCGUCCUCUUCGGUACAGGCCGUCACGGUGACGUCUGUCGCCGCCGGUGUCUCUGUGAAGAUGGCCCCGCCUCUGAAGGCACAGACGCCAAUGGCAACGGCGACAGAGGCCACGACCGUCGCUCCCGCCGCAACGGGCGCCGCAGUCAAGUCGGCCGCGGCGGCGCCCGUGAGCGGCGCGGCCGUGCCCGGCAGCUGCAACAGAGUGACGGUGGUGUCGCAGGAAAUGCAGGAAAACGUGAAGAAGUGUAAAAAUUUCCUGGCCACACUCAUCAAACUGGCGUCCAACAACUCGCCCUCACCCGACACCUCCAAGAACGUCAAAGCGCUCGUUCAGGACCUCCUCGAUGCAAAGAUCGAGCCCGAGGAGUUCACCAGUCGUCUGCAGGCGGAGCUCAAGUCGUCCCCACAGCCCUACCUCAUCCCCUUCCUCAAGAAAAGUCUUCCUGCCUUGCGUCAGUCGCUACUCAGCAGCCAGCAGUCGCUGAGCGCACCCCCAGCCUCCGCUUACGCCCCGUCCCCGAACGCCGCCAUCCGACCCCGCUUGCCCAUCUCGACGCCCGGAGUCCGGAUGAAUGCCCCACUCGCCACCGUGGCGCCGUGUCGUGGUGGCAUGCAGACUGUUCGUGCUCCCCUGGUGGUGGGUGUGAGAACUCCUAGCACUCUGACACGAGCACCCACCGCCAUGGUCGCUAAAAGCGUGGUCACAUUGGCGGCGCCAGCCAAUCAGAAGAAGCUGGGAGACCCGGGGGGCGGGACUUUCAGAGACGACGACGACAUCAACGACGUGGCCUCCAUGGCGGGCGUCAACCUGAGCGAGGAGAACGCUCGCAUCCUGGCCACCAGCUCCGAGCUGGUUGGCACCAAGAUCCGCUCGUGCAAGGACGAGGCCUUCCUGCCCGCCGGCCUGUUGCACCGACGCAUUUCGGAUACGGCUCGCAGGCUGGGCGUGAGCGAGGUUCCUCUGGAGGUGGUCAACUUGGUGUCGCACGCCACGCAGUCGCGACUGCGCUCGCUGCUGGAGAAAGUUUCCGCGCUGGCUCAACACCGAUCAGACGUUGUCAAGGACGAAGAGCAUCACGAGCAGACCGGCGACGUUCGCGCCCAGCUUCGCUUCUUCGAGCAACUGGAGCGUCUGGAGAAGCAAAGGAAGGACGAGCAAGAGAGGGAGAUCCUGCUCAAGGCCGCCAAGAGUCGAGCCAGGCAGGAGGAUCCCGAGCAGGCCCGUCUCAAGCAGAAGGCCAAAGAGAUGCAGCAGCAGGAGUUGGCUCAGAUGCGCCAACGCGAUGCCAACCUGACUGCGCUUGCCGCCAUCGGGCCACGAAAGAAACGCAAGUUGGACUCCCCGGGCGCCACCGCCUCCUCCGCCGAGGUGGCGUCAGGCGCGUCCUCGUCCUCCUCGUCCUUGUCGUCGCCGCGGCAGCCUUGGCGUCAGCGCAUCACCAGAGUCAACCUCAGGGACUUGAUCGUGUGUCUGGAGCAGGACGGCAGCACCGCGCGCUCGCUAAUGCUCUACAAGGCGCUGCUGAAGUGAGGACCGCCCCCUCGCACUCUAUGAGUGUGCCCCGGCCGCCCCGAAUACCCCGCCCCACCCCCUCCAACAGCACCGACCUGUGUCUUCCCCAUCGCCGCGGCAACACUUUCCAUAGUAUCGCAGGACCACAUGUGGGGACGCCUCAGCCGGCGGCUGUUAGCGUUCAGAUUAGCCUCGGAGCUAAUGAGCGACAUCUCGGAUUUGGUGGCAGCCCAUCUGGAAAGGGAAGUUUCAGAAAACUAAAACAUUGUGACUCCGCCCACACACGUAUAUAACCAAUCAGAGUCGCGCUGGCCAAUGAUUAUCAUAACUUGACCAUUAAAGACAUUCUGGCAGUGAAGCACCACCCCCCUCCCAUACCACUCAAGCUUGGUGAGCGCUAUGCUAACAUGCUAAAGUAUGGUAAACACAUUGUUGCAUUUGUGGUUCAGCUGAAAAGCGGAAAGAUGAGGCACCCUGAUUCCGAUCUCCUCCACAGCAGCACACUCCCCACUUGGAGCUCGUCGUGCCAAUUGCAGGUUUUCUUCACUUUUUAAGACUUUUUGCAGGUUUUUAAAUGCUUUCAGUGUAUUCUUUUGGUUCUUGUGACGAGCACCCCGGUCUGCCGGUUGUGCCAACUUUUGCGAUUAUUUAUAUUUCCUACAUUCUCUACUCAAUCAUGGACUUUUACACCUGUUUGUACCUUUACUCAAAUGAAAUAAAGACCUUUGGAAAGUGCGCACGAGUCGCAUGA